CUGUUGACCAAGUUAUUGAAGGUCGUCGUUUCGGGCGGGGCAGCAUGGCUACUCCGUCCGGGCCGCGCCCGUCCGUGGGCCCCGCGGCGAUGCCGAUGGUGCCGCGGCCGUCCGUGGGUCCCACGACAACACCCAUAAAAACACCACGACCGUCCGUGGGCUUCUCGCCGCAGCCGCCGACGAGCGGCCGGUCGUCCGGCCGCGCGGGCACGUUCCGCCGGACCCUGGCCCGGUCGCCGGCGGCGAGCCGGAGUUCGCUGGCGUCGUCGCCGGGCGGCGCGCCCGGCGGCGACGCCGAGGCCGACGGCGAACCGGCGGCCGCCGCGAGCUACGCCGUCGAGGGCUCGCUCGACGAACGGCUCGGCGAAAAGCUCGCGAAGCUCGAGGGCUUCACGACGAUGCGCGCCGUCGCGCGCAUGACGAGCGUCAUGCUGUCGCGGGCGCGCGACGCGCGCCUGCGCCUGCGGCAGCGCUUGCUCGACGUGUCGUCGCGGAAGAAAAGGGACACGGCGCUCUUCGCGCUCCAGGAGCUGUUGAAGAGCUCCGCGGAGGACCGCAACGUCAACGCCAUCGCGUCGCAGCUCGCGCACCUCGCGCCGUCGCUCCUCGAGGGCCUACCGAAGUCGUCGCAGAAGCGCAUCGCCGCCCACGUGCGCUGCCGCACGCUCUACCGCGGCGACCUGAUCUUCGAGGAGGGCGACCCGCCGACGGGCUACUUCUUCAUCGCGGCCGGGUCCGUGUCCAUCUACAAGCGCCAGUCGGCCUACGUCGACGACGACGUGCUCGAGGAGCAGGACGAGGGGCCCGAGCAGGUCUGGUACGGCUCCGAGCCCGCGCGGACGUCCGCGCUCGGCGAAUUGAUCGUCACCUUAGACGCGGGGCAGGGCUUCGGAAACUUCGCCUUCUCCCGGAGCGGCAAGGAGCUGCGACGGACGGCGUCCGUCGUCUCCGACGGCGACGGCGGCUUCGACGAGGCGCCGGGCGCGCUCCGGGGCGACGCCGCGGCGUCGCGCGACGACGCGAAGAAGAUUCCCCCCGCGCACUUCCUCAUCAUCCCCAACAAGAUCUACGUCAUGGACAUCUCGAAGAACGCCGACGGCGCGCUCCAGCGGAAGAUCACGCUCCUCGAGAGCUGCUUCCUCUUCGACUCCUGGACCAUCGAGGCGACGUACGCGUUGGCGCGCGAGAUGGUCAUCCACGCCUACGGCGAGGAGGAGCUGAUUUUUCGCGAGGGCGACGCCGUGUCGACCAUGCUCGUCGUCUGCACGGGCGAGCUCCGGGUCCACGUCGCCUACGAGCUCGACGAGCUGACGACGCUGCCCCUCGACAUGGCCGUCCUACCGCCGGGCGAGAUCUUCGGCCUCGUCGAGGCGCAGCGGCGGCUGCCCGUGUACCGCGCGUCCGUCACGGCGACGAGGGCCUCCGAGGUCGCCAUGCUGCCGUUGGAGACCUUCCGCCGCGCCGUCGCGAACAACGCGCGCACGUCGGCCAUCGUCCAGCAGCUCGCGGUGAACCGGGAGACGUGGGAGACGAUGCGCAUGCGCUGCGCGUCCAAGUACCGCGAGGCGCCCCCGCUGGUGCUCACCAUCGCCGUGACGGCGUCGGCGCGCUACCUCGCGGAGCCGCCGAGCCUCUUGGGCAAGGCCGAGGCGCGGCGCUACGACAUGCCCUUCGGGCGCAUCAUGGAGCUCCGCCGCGUGUCGCGGAGCUCGAUCCGCGAGGCCGCGGGCCACUGGAAGCAGCGCAGGGUCGACCUCGCGCGGCGCGCGCUCGAGCGGGCGGACGUCACGACCAACGGGGCCAUCGACAUGGCGACGAAGCUGCGCAACGACUUUGGGCAGUCCGCGCGGCUCGCGGACGUCGUCAACGAGCUCAACGAGCGCCGCGACCGCGUCCGCGAGCGGCUCUACGCGCUGGACCGCCUCGACAGGCGCCUCGGCGGCGGCGCGGACAGCCGGCCGUCGACGGACGCGCCCAGCGACGACGACGCGGCGGCGCAAACGGCGCCGCGGCUCGCGUCCCUGGCCGCUUUACGGCUCACGGCGCGGCGGUUCUCGACGUCCAAGCCGGAGCGCGGCGCGAAGGCGUCGCUGCUCGCGGGUUUGUUUCCCCGGGGCGCCGACGCGCAGGCGCCCCACCUCGAGGUCGUGCCGUCGCCGGACCGGUUCCGCGUCGCCGCGGCGCUGGGGGCGGCGCUCUCGCCGGGCCUGCCGCAGCACCCGGACGCGAAGCUGUCGCUCGUCGCGCCCCCGACGUCCUGCGGCCCGCUCCACGCCGCGGCGCGGCACCUCGAGCUCUGCCUCCGCGAGGCCGACGCCGACGGCGGCGAGUGGCGCCACCAGACCGCGCGCCUCGCGGAGGCGUCCGCGGGCUCGCGGCGCCGCGAGCUCCCGAAGCCGCGGCGCCGCGACGCCGGCAGAUCGCCCAAGGAGCCCUGGGACCCGACGAAGGGCGCCCUCGAGGUCCACCGCGACGACGAGUCGACGUCAGCGGCGCUGGGCCGCGCGGCCGUCGACGUCGACGCGAUGCCGACGGUCCUCGUCUGCGCCGCGUCCGCGCGGCUGCGCCAUUUUCUCGCCCAGACCUUCGAGAAGCUGGGCUGCGUCGUCGACGCCGAGGCGCGCGGGUCGCGGGCGAGAGAGCGCAUGCGCCUGUCGACGGCGCGGCCCUACGCGCUCGCGGUCUUCGCCUCGCGGCUCAACGCGGGUCUGGGCGGCAUGCGCUGCGCGGAGGCGCACCGCCAGUGGGAGAUGGACCACGGCAUCGCGCCGGGCCACCGCGCCCACCAGAACCUGGCGCUCCUGCCCGACAAAGAGCCGAGCGACGAGCUCCGGGCGCGCGCGCGGCGCGCGAGGGUGGCGCUGCUCCACGCGGCCGCGUCCGUGCGCGACCUCGCGGACCUCCUCGUGCGCAACUCCAUCUCCGACGUCCGCGCGCGGCAGAUGGACUUCGCCCUCGCCAUGUCCCGCAAGAUGCGCCCGGAGCUCCGCCCGGCGGAGGCGCCCGCGCGGUCGCGCGCGCAGGCCGCGUAACCCGCUUGCAACACC